AUGGCCUCCCUGAAGUUCCCCUUAAUUCAGGUGGUGAAGCAAUUCCCUACUCUGUACCCUAACGUGCUGGACUGCGGGGCAGAGAGCCUGCAGAUGCCCUGUGUCACCCAGGUUGGACUGCACUGCAGUGAGGGACUCUGGGACUGGGGAGCGCUGGGGCUUGUAGUGGCUUUCACCGCCCUGCAGGGGGCACUCUAUCACAUCCCCUUCGGCAAGGUGGUCGAAGGCAAAGCUGUUCACAAUGGGAAACCUCUUCAGUAUAAUAUUAACGGUCUGCAUGCCUUUGUGGUGACUCUUGUGAUCCUUGGUGGGCUGUGGUGUGCUGGUGUCAUACAGGGUUCCCUGGUCAGCAGCAGGAUCCUUCAGAUUGUCAACGCCUGUACCGCCCUCUCUCUGGUGAUCAGCGUGGGCCUGCACCUCAGAUCCCUCUGCAUCCCUCCGGAGGAGCUGGUGGACUACGGGGACAAGAGCAAUUUUCUACAAGAGUUUGCUCUGGGCCGGGAGGCUAACCCUCGUUUCGGUCAAAUAGAUUUGAAACAAUUCGCAAUGGUGCGCAUUGGGUUCAUCGGAUGGGCGGUUGUGGACCUCUCCUAUCUGCUGGCAGAUUUCGAGAGAAAGGAAACGCCGUCCCUCUCUCUGCUGCUGGUGGUGACCUUCCAGCUCAUUUACAUCCUGGACUUUCUCAUCGAUGAGGUGUCGGUGUUGCCCACGAAGGAGUACACCGAGGACGGGAUCGGCUUCAUCAUGAUCCAUGGGGAGUACAUGUGGAUCCCCUUCUUCAACAGCCUCCCGGCGUACUACCUGCUGAACCAGCCCUCCUCCCUCAGCCUCCACGCGACCGUCCCCACCUGCCUGCUGUUCGGUUUCGGGUUCCUGGUGUACUACCUGUCUAACGAUCAGAAGGAUGGCUUCAGGAGGAACCCAGACGACCACGCAUAUGCACAUCUGGAGACCAUCCCCACCCACACGGGGCAGAAGCUGCUGGCAUCAGGAUGGUUCGGCUGGGUCCGACACCCCAACUACCUGGGCGACAUUGUCCUAACGCUGGCCUGGUGUCUACCCUGCGGAUUCAGCAGCCUGGUGCCCUAUCUGCCCGCGCUGCACUGCUUCAGCCUGCUGCGGAGGAGGGCAGCGGAGAUCGAGGAGGAGUGCCACCUGAAGUAUGGGGGGGCCUGGGAAGAGUACUGCCGCAGGGUGCCACACAAGCUCAUCCCACAUGUCUACUGAGCAUCACGGGCAGCAGCGGGGACUCUUGGGUGCACAGGACUCAAGAGAGCAUAACAGAUUAAAAUUCGAAAGCAUGUCAAACCGA